CAGCUAAAUAAGAACAUGAAUCAUUCCCCAAAUACGGUAUUGAUUGUCCUUCAAUCUUGCCUCCAUACUUGCCACCCUCUCCUGCCCCACCAGUGUGGUGUGCCACAUCCUUCGAGAAUCACUGGAAAGCCACUGGAAGUUUCUUGGCUUGUGGUAACAGUGUUCCGUAGAAGUGAAAGAUGGACCUAGAGUGCUUUAUCUUGCUUUAAUUUCUCAUCGUUCUACAGGACGGGCAGACCACAUGCCUGCUGCAGAUGCCAAAGGCAUUAAUUCCUGUUGCAUUUAUUCCUUCUUUUGUAGGACGGGUAAUCCUGUUUGAGAAGCCCAUCAGUGGAAGUGUCUCUAUUGCCCAGGGAGAAAGGUAUUUGUCUGCAAUUGAGCAAGGUAACUCACAGGAGCGUAGAGAGCAGAGGAGAAAGGGUGAGUUGGAGAAAAAGUACCAGCUGAUAACUGCAGUCCUAGCAUCCUUGUAUAUCACUUCUUUGAAAGCAGCCAGUACUGUACAGUUUUUAUUUUCUUCAGAGCUAGAGUGGUGUAGUGGUUUGAGUCUUGAUCCAAGAUCUGCUUCCAAUUCCCAUUUAGCCACAAAGCUGCAAGGGUGACCUUAGGCUAAUCACCAUCCCUCCUCCUACCUUAACUUCCAGGGUUACUGGAUCACAGAGGGCAAGAAAAAGAACCGUGUACGCUGUUCUGACCUUGAAAGAAGAGGUGAGCUAAAAAUGUUACAAAUUGAAAACGGGUAUACCUGGUAAAUGUACUCACUUUUAAAUAACACACCCCCUAAGAGGCAUGCCCCAUCAUCCAUUGAAACCUGAGUUACCUUUUGGAUCUGUUCCUUAAGGCAGAGAAUAUUCAGCAUGUGAUUCUGUGCUAAGCCCAGGGUGAGAACUUCAGUACAUAACAAAUGGGGUGAAAACCGUUAGAUUUCAGAUCUGUGCAAAUCUUCAUGCGUAACUUUGCAGGCGGGGAAUGCAUUGUGUAAGUGACUCAGGCAGCCUCUCAUCUUAAUACUGAUACAAAACUGAGGUCAUUACAGAGGUGCGAUGUCAUGGGAAGACUUUGGCAGAAAUUCCUAGCCUCUUUUCUUUCAUGGCUAAAAAUUAAAAACAAUAAAAAUCUGUAGAUGAUUAAAAAGGAAUAAAAAUAUGUUUUCUAUUAGAAUGUAUGCUUGGUCAAAUGGAGGAGCAAUAAUAAGAGUGUCAGAUCAUGCAGAAAUAUAUUAAAUAUUGUGUGUGUAUGUGUAACUGCUGAAGGGACUAUAAAGAAACAUAGGAAAAAAACCCUAUAAAACGUCAAUAAAAGAGAAUAAUUUUAUAUUUAGACAAUAUAAAUCCCAUUGAGUAUGUAUGUGUGUAUACUUUAUACACACACAAACAUAACAAACCUGUCAGAAGAAUUCUGUGCCAAUUUAUAAAAAUGAGUAAUGAAAUAUCUGCAAUAUUUGUCAAUCCAAAUUUUACAGCUCCAAAAUAAGUGUUAAAAAAGGUGUCUGGAAUGAAAUACGCCCUGCAUUAAGUUUUUAAAUACUUGCCCAGAUUUAAAGCCUCAAUAAAAUGUAUUAAAUCUUUUAAGGUUUUUAAUGAAUCUAGCACGUGUUUCAUAAAUCACAGAGCUUGGCUCAGCCCCUUUGUGUUUUAAUAACUGUAAGCUAAGAAAUUGCUCUGAGCUAAGACGAAACGCAUUCCUAUAACGGAAGGGGAAAACAGGGUUUUUUAACAACAACAAAAAUCCUUCCUCAUUGCUGAGACUGACUUUGGCCUCCUGUAGAUCAGAACCUUUCUGCUGAUCCAUGGUUAACAGCAUCAAGAUGUGACCUAGUGGUGUGAAGGUAAAUAUUAUUAGUAAUAACUCCAGAAAUAAAAGAAAUCUACGAGGAGACAUUAGCAGAGCCGUCGUGCCAUCUCCUGAUACAUAUCUCGGGGUACUAUCAUUUUUUAUUCACAUGCCACACAAGCGUCUCAAGGUAUAUUAAAAUCAGCAAAAAAAGGAAAAGGUUUAAAAUUCAAAAAACAAGAGGCAUAUUUAAACAAAACAAAGCAGAAACAAUACAAAACAGGCACCCAGCAGAGACCUAGAGAGUAAACAAGGUUAGGAUUGCACUGUUACUUAAGUCAAUAUGUUGUGAUGGGUUUCAUUGGCCACACAUCCCUCUGCCCCAUGCUUGAUGCCCUCUACAUAGGGUAAAGGGUAAAGGCACCCAUCUUGCUUUAUUGGCCGAGGGAGCCAGAGUACAGCUUCUGGGUCAUGUGGCCAGCAUGACUAAGCCACUUCUGGCGAACCAGAGCAGCGCACGGAAACGCCGUUUACCUUCCCACCAGAGUGGUACCUAUUAAUCUACUUGCACUUUGAUGUGCUUUCGAACGGCUAGGUUGGCAGGAGCUGGGACAGAGCAACGGGAGCUCACCCCGUCGCGGGGAUUCGAACCACCCACCUUCUGAUUGGCAAGUCCUAGGCUCUGUGGUUUAACCCACAGUGCCACCUGCGUCCCUCCACAUAUUGGAGGGCAAAUGCCAGCAGCAGGACGCCUGCUGUACUUGUGUAGUUUCACUUUACAUAAAUAGGUCAAAUACCAUCAAUAAUAACAACAAAACAGUCAAGGUAUGAAAACAUAAGACUAGCUUUCUCAUGCAUUUUCUGACCGUAAGAGUUGCUUGACUGUGGAAUGGUUUCCCUCAGAAGGUUGUGGACUCUCCUUCCUUGGAGAUUUUUAAGCAAAGGUUGGAUGGAUGGCAAUCUUUCAUGGGUGCUUUAGCUGAGAUUCCAGCAUUGCAGGGGGUUGGACUAGAUGACUCUCGGAUCCCCUUCCAAUUCUACAAUUCCGUGUAGCUGCCUCAAGACCCAUCAGGGGAAAAAGUAGGGUCUGUGUGUGUUCAACUAUUUUAUACUUGUUUUCAUUAUAGUGUAUAUUGCUUUGAGAUGCUUCACGGAAGGAAUUAAUAAAUGCAAUCAAUGAUAACAUUUCAUUUGAACCAAUCCUGACCCUGUGACCAUCAUGUGAGGUGCCUCUUUGUGUGCCCCCUCCAUAAUAAUAAUAAAUACUACUAAUAAUACUUAUUAUUUAUACCCCACCCAUCUGGCUGGGUCUCCUCAGCCACUCUGGGUGGCUUCCAACAAAGAUCAAAAAUACAUUAAAAUGUUACACAUUAAAAACUUCCCUGAACAGGGCUGCCUUCAUAUGUCUUCUAAAUGUCAGGUAGCUGUUUAUCUCUUUGACAUCUGAUGGAAGGGUGUUCCACAGGGCGGGUGCCACUACUAAGAAGGCCCUCUGCCUGGUUCCUUGUAGCUUUGCCUCCAUGAAAAGUCUAGAGGGUGGGGGCACGAGAAUAGGCUUUUUCUGCGGUGGCUCCCCAUUUGUGGAUGCUCUCCUGGCACUUUCAUUGCAUAUCUUUAGGUGCCAGGCGAAAACAUUCCUCUAUAAUCAGGCCUUUGGCUGAUUAAUCAAUCUAUGGCCUUUUAAAUGUGCUUGCGAGAGGAGGUUUUUGCUAUGUAUUUUGUAUUUUGUGGUCUCAUUUUGUGUUUUUAUGCUGCAAACCUCCCCGUGAUCUUUGGAUGAAGGGCGGAAUACAAAUUUAAUAAUAAUAAUUAAUGGAAAUAAUUGCGUUCCACUUUUAAUUUGUACACCACCUCUCUGUAUUGCGAUACACAAGGCGGUUUGCAAGCUAAAGAAACAAAAACAAAAAAAGGUGCAAGAUCACGGAUCACAUCACCCAACGCAAAACAAGAAUGUUUCUCCUGUUGAUUUAUGUGACCUGCCAGGUUUAUACUAGGUAAGAUGUUCCCGGAGGUAACUUGGUCUCCAGCUAUUCAGGGCUUUAUAUACCAGUAGCAACAACUUUAACUUGUCCUAGUAGCAUAUCAGCAGCUGAGGCAACUCUUCCAGCACUUCAAUAACUUUUUUUUUACCCCCUCCUAAGACACACCUUGCUGUUUUGGAGCCAGUGAAAAAUCACUCUGUACUUUUUACGAGCCAACAAACCGAGACAAGUUCAAAGGUCUUUGAAAUAUUCUCAUUAACACUAUUGACUCCAGCCUGUCUGCAGAGGCAGGGCCAGAAAGCAACCCCCCCCCACCCGAUGCAUAGAGGUGCAAUAUUUUAUUUCUUUACCUUUCCUUGGCCUGCUCAAAACUCCAGCGACAAAGGCAUGGGAGGGGUGUGACUGGAUUCAAACAGGUGGACAGACAAUGCCCUUGGCAGUUGCUUGGGUUCUUUGUCUAUUGUCUUAAAGGGAAAUCAAAGGUUCUUAGCUCUUUGCCCAGGGAAUCUGGUGGCUGUGUUAAGCUCUGCUGGAGACACGUCCCCACUCUACAACCCUGCACUAAAGUGCUGUGUAAAAAGUCUGUCUAACCUCAUUAACUGCCACAAGCAACAAUACUGAGCUGGCAUUAAAGGCAAUUUUGAGCUGGUUGGUCAUUAAUCACCACUUGACAGUCAUAAAUAGUGGUGACCCCCCCCCAAUCUCUUUUCAGUUUAAGGUUACCUCUACUUAGACCGGUAUGAGCUCAUGGAGGCAGUGUUUGUGAGAAGCUGUGGGUCGUUAGCUGUUAAUAAUGUUAAUAGCACAUGCACUGAGGGACAAGGAAGUUCUGAAACAGGGUCCAACUCCUGGAUGAACUUUUAGGGCGUUCUUGGGACCACGGGGAAAGUAAUAGGAGGGAGAAGGGAAAUGAUGAAGAGGCAAGGGGUUUCUUCAAGGUCUCCGCUGCAUGCUGAACAGCCUAGCCACUUUUCAGUUUCAGCUGAAACGGAAUAGACGCUUGCCUCUUCAGCAGAACAAGGUGCCGCAGGCAGACUUUAAAGAAACGCCAGGCUUAACGCCACAUUCUCCCCUCAGAGGGAAUGCUGUGUUCUUAUAUCACAUUCACAAAGGAAAAACAGAAGCAGCCACUGACUGGAGCGCUAGACCAAGGCCAAAUUCACACUAUGCAUUUAAAGCAUUACUAUGCCACUUUGAAUAGUCAUGGCUUCCCCCAGAGUAUUCUGGGAGCUGUAGCUUGUCAGAGGUGCUGAGAGUCGUUAGGGGGCCCCUAUUCCCAAUUCUCAGAGUAGUUUAGCAAUGAAUCCUUAUUCACAAAGAACUCUCUGGAUCUGCCACUAGCUUGGUGGUAUUUAGACAAACUUAAAGUUAGCUAUGAACAGAACGGUAAUGAAUUAGCUUCUUUUGUAGAGGGAUGAAUCUAAACUGGAAUGAGUUGAUGUCUGGAGCAAAACUAGUUGCUUUUCCAGCACCAGAGGAGGGAAAGGUUAAGAAGACGCUAUCAUAUUUUAAAACGUAAAUUGCUUUGAGGACCUGUUGCUCAGAAAGUGGAGAAUAUACUUAAUUUAUAAAGAAACGCUGAUAUAGGAAGUGAUUCAAAUGCAGUGCUUGCCCCACUGUCAGUAGGAAGAUGUUAUCUAGCAAAUGAUAGUGACUAGGAUGGAAACGUAGAAAGUGGCUUAAUCUACAUGUUAGGCCAUGAAUGUUAAUCUACGUGUUAAGCCAGGUUUUGAGGCAGGAUGCCAGUGAAACACAAUUUUUCUGGAGCAACUCUGUGUGUGUGUGCUCUGACUAGCUUCUGCUGUGCUUAGGGGAUUCCUGAAGGCAUCUAGGAAGCAUCCAGAAAGGAUGGUGGAUGGACCAUAGGUCUGAUCUAACAGGUUCCCUCUUACAUUCCUGUUUAGGUUUUUAUACUUUGCAUUUGUUUGGAGAUGCUAAUAACAAAAACUACAGCUCAGGCUGGGUACCUGCUAUACCUCUGAAGCACAUUUUCAUCACCGCCACUAGGAAUCCUGGGAACUGUAGUUUACUAAGGGUGCUGGGAAGUUUAGCUCUGUGAUGGGGCUGAAGUACAGUUCCCAGCGUUCUCUGUGGGGCAGCAUUUGCUUUGAACGCACUUUAAAGGUUUGGUGUGCGCACAAAAGCUUUGUGUAGAAAAAGUUCUUGCAAAGCAAAUAGUUGAAGUUGGCUCAUGUAAGGAAGAGAUAGAUUAUGCUGAUAAGGGGGGGAAGAAGGAGGCAGGUAGAUGCUGUCAUUUUUAAUUUAAUUUGCACCCCCUCCAAAAAACCUCUAAGGUAUUCUAAGUGCCUGCUUCCCUUUGAUUUUAUGGAAAGUUGCCACUUGCCCAUAAACAUUCUCCCAAAAAACAUUUUUGAAAUAUGUUAAGAAGAAGAAAGGCAGAUAAAACGAAGCCCUCUUGAGACUUCCCUUCCUGUCAAAAGAGCCACCUUUCAACUCCAUUUGAUCAGGCUAAGCAUGCCUGUAAAUAGUAAUCACGCUUCUAUAAAGUAUUUCAUCUUCAAGGCGCUUUACAAACAACCUAUUUAAUAAUUAUUAGGUAUGGCUAUUAGGGAAGAUUAGGAGCGCCUCGUCUCCUCCUUCCAGCAAUUUUGCCCAAACUCAUUGGAACAGAAAUGUGCCAUGAGACAGGAAAUUAAAGGCCUUUUCAGAAAACGGGGAGGGAGCGCUGGGUUUUAUUCUUAGCACGUAUUGUAAGUGGGGCUCACCGCAACGAGAUGCACGACGUUUCAGCCAGCCAUACCCUUUUCCAGGACAUUCCGUUCCGUUCCCCACACCCAGUCAGCCAGCAUGCUAUGGCUACUGAGCAUGCCCAGUCCUCAUUGGGUUGCUUUGCUGGCAUUUGAGGGAGGGAACCAGCCCAGCGGCAGUGAGGGAAAGAGCCGCCAUUGAACAGCCAUGACCAUUGCCACCAGAAAGGGGCAAAGAAGCUCUUUCGCCUCUUGCUCCCUCUGUGGCAGCCCCCGCUGCCUGCGAGUCUCAAGGGCUGUCACAUGGAAGAGGGAGCAUGCUUGCUUUCUCCUCGGAGUCAAGUGUGAAUUUCAUGCUCUUUAUUCAGCUCAGAAUAGCAAUAAUGAAACUUUCCCCAAAACGUCUAGCUAUAUAUACAUUAUUUACACAAUGGGCCCCACGUGAUUGGCUAAUUCCGGGCUGCUCCUGCAGGCUAAUCAGGUUGCGGAUUCACCUCCUCCAGAAGCCUGAUUGGCUUCUCCUGCAGGCCAAUCAAGUUGCGGAUUCACUUCACCCAGGAGCCUGAUUGGCUGCUCCCGCAGGCCAAUCAGGUCGUUGACUCACUUCCACCUGGAGCUGGAUUGGGUGCCUCCUAGGGACCAAUCAGACUGCUGCAUUCUGGAUCCUAUUGUUCUAGGAUUCAGCUCAGUACAUAACAGUAGGACUUCAACCAAUGGCUUCAAGUUACAAGGACUCUCCUUCCUUGGAGGUUUUUAAGCAGAGGUUGGAUGCCCAUCUGUCAUGGAUGCUGAAGAAGAAGAAGAAGAAGAGGAGGAGGAGGAGGAGGAAUUUGGAUUUAAUAUCCCGCUUUAUCACUACCCGAAGGAGUCUCAAAGUGGCUAACAUUCUCCUUUCCUUUCCUCCCCACAACAAACACUUGUGAGGUGAGUGGGGCUGAGAGACUUCAGAGAAGUGUGACUAGCCCAAGGUCACCCAACAGCUGCAUGUGGAGGAGCGGAGACGCGAACCCGGUUCCCCAGAUUACGAAUCUACCGUUCUUAACCACUACACCACACUGGCUCUCUAGCUGAGAUUCCUACAUUGUGGGGGGUUGGCCUAGAUCGUGGGUAGGCAAACUAAGGCCCGGAGGCCGUAUCCGGCCCAACUGCCUUCUAAAUCUGGUCUGUGGACGGUCCUGGAAUCAGUCUGUUUUUACAUGAGUAGAAUGUGUCCUUUUAUUUAGAAUGCAUCUCUGGGUUAUUUGUGGGGCAUAUGAAUUCGUUCACCCCCCCAAAUAGUUUGGCCCCCCCACAAGGUCUGAAGGACAGUUGACUGGCCCCCUGCUGAAUAAGUUUGGUGACCCCUGGCCUAGAUGACCUUUGGGGUCCCUUCCAACCCUAAAAUUCUCUGUGUCAAAGUCAAAAGCUCCUGUCACCCCUACUGAUUGGCCGUGCUGACUGGCAGUGAUUGGAGCUCACAGGUUCCCAUCUCUACUUUGGAGGAGCGGCUGCCCAGGUUGGAGGGUUACAAAACAAGCAGAUGGCAAGGCAGUUAAAGGAGGGGAAAAGCUGAAGAGGGAGCCCAUAUCCAUGCAGGUGUCCUAAGCAGGGGGAGGCCCUAAACCAGAACACCCUGAUCAAAGAGAUAAUGCUGACAGGAGGGAUUAGGAUCCAAAGGAGAAGCUUCAGGCAAAACCUGAUGAAAUGACAGUGGGGAUUAGAGCUGGAAAAUAACCUGAUACAGAGGAGUAACUUAAAGGAGUGUUGUUGACCGUGAGAAGGGCAAAGGGAUGGACGGACGAUCCAAUCAAAGGAAAGGGAGUGGAAGGGAAAUUAAGUUUCCAAAUCACACUUCCCGCAAGCACUCAGCUGGCUCCAUAAAUAAACAAAUCACUUAGGUAGGUUGCAAUCCCUGUACAGUACACACUUCCUUGGAAGUAGGCCCUGCUGAAUUCAGGCGUAGGAUUGCUCUGUUUGUAACAGUUAAAGGUAAAGGGACCCCUGACCAUUAGGUCCAGUCGUGGCCGACUCUGGGGGUUGCGGCGCUCAUCUCGCUUUAUUGGCCAAGGGAGCCAGCGUACAGCUUCUAGGUCAUGUGGCCAGCAUGACGAAGCCGCUUCUGGCGAACCAGAGCAGCGAAUGGAAACGCUGUUUACCUUCCCGCCGGAGCGGUACCUAUUUAUCUACUUGCACUUUGACAUGCUUUCGAACUGCUAGGUGGGCAGGAGCCAGGGACCAAGCAACGGGAGCUCACCCCGUCGCGGGGAUUCGAACCGCCAACCUUCUGAUCAGCAAGUCCUAGGCUCUGUGGUUUAACCCACAGCAGUCCCUGCUUUAAAAUCAUUUGAACAUUCUACUGCACCACUUGCACUCCAUAAUCCAGCUUUAUAGUGUGGCUGACACCUUUAAUCAGUUCUAGGAGGAAGAAUAAUCUUGUGGUUGCAGGCUAUCCGUAGGCAUCUGGUUGGCCACUGUGAGAACAGGAUGCUGGACUAGAGGGGCCACUGGCCCUGAUCCUGCAAGUCUGACCUUAGAUACAAACUAAAACCUCUCUCAUUGACUGUACUUUAAAAUUACGUGCUACCUUGGGAUUCCAUCCCCCCCCCCGACAUGUUGGAAGGUGGAGUAAAACUAUCCCAAAAUAAAUAAAGAAUUCCCAUGAAUAAUGCUUUUGCAGCAUACAUCCCAUAUAGAUUGGGCAAAGGCAUAUGUCAGCUGCCAUUUAAAUAGGUAUAGAAGAAAAGUCUGAUUCGGCAAAGCAGUUCAUUCCUAAAUGUGAUCUAGGAAUCUGGCCUGUUUCUGCAGUGUACCUGCGGCUUUGGGACCUGGCACAGAAAGGAAACACCUGGUUUCAAAAGGAGGUGGGGAGAGAAAUCAAGGUUUUGUAACACAGAAUACCUCAUAGGUGUUGCGGCCUCACAAAGUUGAAAGGCAGAAAUGAGAAAUCGUGUUUCACAGGAUAUUAAGUGCCAGGCCUUAUCCAGUCUCCCGGGGCAAAGCCGGUGGGAGAACUGCAAACACGUUUCUUGGCUGUGAAAUUUCAGCUGAGAUUUGCUCCUACUUCUCCUUUCCAUUCCCACGUGGGUCACUUCCAGACCAUUAUUGAACAUUUACUUUAAUUAGCUGGCACAAAAUUUUAGGGGAGGUUAGACCUUGUGACCUGUUUGUGGGUCAGCUGGAGGAGACUCUUGAGAGUCCCAUGGACUGCAAGAAGAUCAAACCUAUCCAUUCUGAAGGAAAUCAGCUCUGAGUGCUCACUGGAAGGACAGAUUGUGAAGCUGAGGCUCCAAGACUUUUGCCACCUCAUGAGAAGAGAAGACUCCCUGGAAAAGACCCUGAUGCUGGGAAAGAUGGAGGGCACAAGGAGAAGGGGAUGACAGAGGACGAGAUGGUUGGACAGUGUUCUCGAAGCUACCAGCAUGAGUUUGACCAAACUGCGGGAGGCAGUGGAAGACAGAAGUGCCUGGCGUUCUCUGGUCCAUGGGGUCACGAAGAGUCGGACAUGACUAAACGACUAAACAACAACAACAACAUCGCUAGCCAGCACUUUCCAGUGCUUUACCUUAUUUACUGUAAAAUGUCCGAUCUUGUGGUGGGAAGCAGCUUAGCUGUGUAAGAGCUCCAAAUAGACUUUAGUUGCACCACCUGAAUUUGCUAGUAUCUGAUUAAAUCCUUAUCCGUUUUCCUGUGUCCCAGAGUGGGUGAAUGUGGCAAGCCAAUAGGCAACAGCAGUUGGGAGGAGGAGAACCCGCUAGUAACAAUAUGGCGGCAAAGAGAGGCGGCCUCAGUCUGAAAGGGAAAACUGAGUCUUCGCCCAAGGAGGCUCAGUGACUUUGCAUUCAAAUUCCUGUGGGGUGGGGAGUGAGGGUCAAUGAAUAUGUCAUUUUCAGUUUCUUUCAGGUGACAUGCACUGUACAUUUAAAGCACUAUGAUACCACUUUAAACAGUGAUAGCAUCCCUCAAAGAAUUCUGGGAGCUGUAGUUUGUAUAAGGAUGCCUCUUCCCCUCACAGAGCUACAAUUCUAGAUCUCCAGGCAAAUCUGAGAACUGUGGCUCUGUGAGGGGAAUGGGGCCUCCUAACAACUCUCAGCAGCCUGUUGCAAACUACAAACUACAGCUCCCAGAAUUCUUUGGGGGAAGCCAAGACUGUUUGAAGUGGUAAUACAGUGGUACCUUGGUUAUCAAACGCUUUGGUACUCAAACAACCUGGAACCCAAACACUGCAAACCCGGAAGUGUUCCAGUUUGCAAACUUUUUUCGGAAGCCGAACAUGCUCCAUUUUGAGUGUUAUGCUUCUGUUUUGAGUGGCACACUUCCCUUUUGAGUGUUAUGCUGAGGUCUGUCUGUUUUUGCUAUUUCUUUUGUGUUUUUGUUUUUGCGGCUCUUUUUUGUUUUUGUGACAGUGUGGAACCCAGUUCGGCUACUGAUUGAUUGAUUGUGUGACUGCAGUACAUUGUUUAUUGCUUUCAUUUUAUGGAUCAAUAGUCUCGUUAUAGUAAAAUCCAUCUUAAAUUGCUGUUUUAGGGUGUUUUUUUAAAAAAGUCUGGAACGGAUUAAUCCAUUUUGCAUUACUUUCUAUGGGAAAGCGCGCCUUGGUUUUGGAACGCUUUGGUUUUGGAACGGUCUUCUGGAACGGCUUAAGUUUGAGAACCAAGGUACCACUGUAUAGGGUUUUAAAUGCAUGGUGUGAAUGUGGCCUCAGUUCCUCAUUUUUUCCAGUCUUAAACUCCGUUCUCUACGUUUCCACAGCAAAGUUGUCCCUCUUUAGUUGCCCUGUUGUGCAAGAGUGCCCUUCCAGGUGGCAUCAACGUGCUAACACUGGGGGAAUCAUCACAGAACAACUAGUAAAGUGGUCCAGUAGAAAUAUACCACCAAUGCUCUAUUAUUGCAUCAGCGACAUGUUGUAGAAUACAGGUAUGAAGACAAUACCAGUCUGAAGGGACCCUCGAUCCCCAUGUCAUACACGUGCAGAAAAACACAAACCCCCAGCCCUUUGGAGGAGACCCAAGACACAGUUCACAAAGCAGGGUGUAUCACAACUGGAGGAGAGGAGAGGAAAGCAGGAUAUGCAUAUCAAAUAUAGAAAGAGCUGAGCUCGCAUUCUUCCUUUAUUAGGAACAAGGGACUGUCCAAGCUGCCUCCGCAGUAAAGAGGUAGGAUUGGAGCUCUGAGAGCAUUCCGCCAUCCCUCCCCAUCUCACACACAAUUUGCCAAGAGGAACAUCUCCGCGUCCUUAAUAUGUGUUAAUACUUCUGUUCCUGAUUGAUGGGUUUAUCUUUUUGUGUGUGUUUUCAGCUGCUUCCUUUAUCUCCCCUGUUUUUAAUAUGCCUUAUUCCUGUAAAUAUUGUUCUUUUAUCUGCGUAGCUCUUGUUCAGACAAGCUUUUGGCCUAUUAGGUUAAUAUGUGCGCUUAAUAUGUGUUAAUACAUCUGCCGCUGAUUGAUGUUUUUAUCUCUGUUUCGUGCGUUGCUUUUUCCUUAGCUGCUCUUGUUUUUGAAUGGCUUGCGUGAUCUUUUUUUCUAUUUUUUUAAUGGUGUUGCUCUUUUAUCCAUAUUUUACUGGUGAUUUGAUUGAACUUGUAUAUCUGUUCUUGUAAGCUGCCAUGGGGGACAUUUGAGGAGGGGCAGGAUACAUAUUUAAAUAAUAAAUAACCUGGGAAUACUUCAAUAGGUUGUAUCCAAUGCUACUCUUACUCAGAGUAGACCCAUCGCAAUAAAUAGGCAUGGCUAACUUAGGUCUGUUCAUUUCAAUGGGUCUACUCUGAGUAUUAGUUAGUUGGCCACGAUCCAGGGUCCCCCUUAUCAAAAAAUGGCAGGGCAACCCAAUAUAUUCUUACUGUGCAUUCUUGAUGAUUCGUACUCAUAAUGCUGUCAGGGCAGUCAGACAUGAUUCCGCAUUCAAUACUGUUUGCACUUGCAAAAAAGCUGCUUUAUUUCCAGGCAGUGCAUAGUCUCUUUCCUCUUUCUGCCAUAAAUGUUCUGGUCCUUUUUUGUCCCUGCUUUUGUUACGCUGUAGCCCUGCCAGAGAGAAAUUUUGCAGUUGCAUUGGAGAAGCAUUGCAGAACAAAUCAAAGCAGAAGACAUCCACUGCUAAUGUACUGUUAUGGUAUCAAGAACACAGCUGCAGUAAAGCACCAGUCCAGAGCGACUGAAAGUCAACUUCCAAGAUAAUAUUGGGACUUCCAACCCAAUCAAUCAAUCAAUCAAUCUUUAUUGCGGUCAAUAGACUUCCAACCCAUUUUUUAGAAUAGUGGAAGUUCCAAAACCAGGCAGAGGGCCUUCUCGGUAGUGGCACCCGCCCUGUGGAAUGCCCUCCUAUCAGAUGUCAAGGAAAUAAACAACUACCUGACUUUUAGAAGACAUCUGAAAGCAGCCCUGUUUAGGGAAGUUUUAUUCUGUUUUUAGUGUUCUGUUGGGAGCCGCCCCGAGUGGCUGGGGAAACCCAGCCAGAUGGACAGG